AUGAAUUCUGGUCCAGGAGUUUCCGAUGCUGCAUCUCAAUAUUGGGAAGAGGAGCUCCGCGAAGAAAUCAGAAGCCCAACGUCAGUGCGUGCCAUUCUGGACAUUCUUCAUAAACACUGUAGGGGUGAUGCAUCUGUCAUCCUGUCAGGGGAUGGCAUGACACCUCUAGGACUAGCUUGCCAACACAGGCAGAAAACCUUGGUUUCACUAUUCCUUAAUUUGGACAUGGGAAAGAGGAUACUCUUUCAGGAAGGGAAGGAUGAGGAAAGUCCUUUGCUGGCAGACACCUCUUUUUCUGUGGGCCUACCAAAAACUCAACUUGGGAGAGAUCCAGUAAGUCCUAUGACUGCAAGUUCAAACUCUAGUGAAUCUACAUGCAUGGAUUCUAGUAUGGUGAUCUUUCAAAAGAGAUGGAAUGAGAUAGGUAAAACUGGGAAACCAAAAUCAGACUUGGACCAAAUGUGUCAUCUCAUUCACUGUGAUGUAAAUAAAAAAGAUGGUAGAGGAAGGACAGCAUUGCAUCUUGCAGCUCAACAGACGUGUGACAUUGCUGAGUUGCUUGUUUCUGCUGGAGCAGAUGUGAAUGCCCAUGAUUCGAAUGAUGCAACACCACUGCAUUAUAGUUGUAUAAAAGGGAGUGUUGAUUUGACUCUGAAACUUCUUGAGAGUGGUGCUAGUGUCAAUGUUAAAACAGUUGAGAAAUGCACUCCUCUUCAUUAUGCAGCUCAAAGAGGAUUUGUAGACAUUGUACAUUUGCUGUUGAGUCAUGGUGCUGUAUUGAAUGCUCCAGAUAUUAAUGAUAGGACACCACUCUUCCUAGCAGCUUCAAAUGCUUGCACUGGUGUCAUGAAGACCCUCAUUUCUGCAGGAGCUAAUGUCAAUCUGGAUGAUGUCAGAGGCUAUACUCCCCUCUGUGAAGCUGUGUGGAACCAUUAUGCUGAUGGUGUAUCUCAUUUGCUAGAAGCUGGGGCAGAUCAAUUGCAGUCACACUGCCUUCUCCAUUCAGCAGUUGCUAAUAACUGCACUGAUAUAGCUCAACUGCUUUUAAAGCAUGGUGCACUUGUGGAUGGACUGAAUGUCUCAGGACAAACACCACUAUAUGUUGCAUGCUCACAGAGAGCAUGGAAUCAUUCGUGUAUUAUUGCCAUCCUUCUCCAACAUGGUGCUAAUCCAAAUCUUUGUGAAAAUUUGUCAAGUCAGUUACCUCUACAUGCCCUGAUCUGUGUCACUGUGGAACCAGACAGACAACAUAUGUUUGCAGAGCCUGCAUUUUUGCUUUUCUCUCAUGGUGCAGACCUGGAUGCAAAGCUUUUGUAUCAUGCUGCCCUUCUGAAGCAUUGGAAAGCCAUGCAUUGGCUCAUUCAGCUGGGAAGUGAUGUCAAUGCUCUACUAAGAGGACAAGAUCUCAUGUGGUUGAUGAGGCAGUAUGAUAACCUCCCAAUGGGCAAGCUGCUGAUAGAUGCUGGCUAUGAUGUGAGACACAAAUCUGCCUGGCUAGAGGUUCUUCCUUGCACUAUUCCCCAUUCCUACACUCCCAAAAGCCUUAAGGGCUUGCUUGUUUACUGUAAAACAAAUCCACUGCAAUUGGUUCAACUGUGUCGAAUAGUGCUACGGAGAGUAUAUGGUACUAGGGUACAUGAAAUAAUCAGGUCUUCUGAUUUACCACUUUGUGUGAAAAAGUAUAUGAUGCUUCAAGAUUCUGAUGAAACCUGGAUGUUUAUGUAA